UUCUUCCUACCGGCUUUUCUUUUUGUAUUAUCUAUUAUGUACAUUUUUCCCCCUUUUCUUCCCUUCUUUUGUCUUGGUUUUAAAGCUAAGGCUUCCAGAGCUAUGAUUAUAGUGGAACACUAACUUAUAGUGAAAAAUACAACCUUAAUCAGCACCAACCACACUACAUCCAUCUGCAAAGGUUGUCGGGUGUCUGUUCCCUUGGUACGCUGAGCUUGGUGGCAUGGUGCCAACCUGGAAUUUGCACCUCUGAUCUUCUCUCUGCAGAGACCAAACCAGUUUAAAACCAGAUCUUAUGUUGAAAGAAGGUUAAUAGAAGAUCGUCUUGAAGAUGAUGAGGAAUCACCUUCGCUGCUCAGCGCUGUUUUUUAUGCUCCUGUGGCUGUGGGUGGUGCUGGCUGCUCCAUGUCAGACGGGUCAGGCAUGUGUGUGUCUGCACUGUCCUAGUGGCCAGGAGCCGUCCACGGCGUGCAGCGAAGUUGAGGGUCCUGAAGCAGUAGUGGAGUGUCGUCGUUGUCCACCAGGCACUUUCUCAGACUCCCAUGAUCCACAUCAGUGCACUGUACACACACAGUGCAGGAGCCUGAACCGUCAAUUGGUGAUGCCUGGCACCUCGGAAUCUGAUGCGGUGUGUGGAGCCUGUCUGCCUGGGUUUUACUCUGCCCUGGGUAAACAGAGUUCCUCCGCCCUACGUCUCUGCAAGAGGACAUCUCUGCUGCGUUUGCGGCGUAAUGCAGGAAAGAGUGCCAGAGCGGGUGACACCGGAUCAGGUGGAGCAGGAGUGGGCAGGGCUAACAGCACAGCUGUGCAUGCAGCAGAGGACAAGACUACAGAGUAUGCUGUGUUUGCUCUCGUCCCUGUGUUCUGUGUGAUGGGCCUGCUGGGCAUCCUAUUCUGCAACCUACUCAAGAAGAAGGGCUACAAUUGCACAACAGAGAAGGAGCGUGCGGAGGUGGAGGAGGCAGGCACACUGCAGAAAGAGGGUAAUCCUUGCCCUUACGUUAUAGAAGACCAGAAUGAAGACACCAUAAGUGCAUUGGUGCGCCUCAUCACAGAAAAGAAAGAAAAUGCAGCUGCCUUGGAAGAGAUGUUUCUGGAAUAUGAGAAGAAGCAGACGUCUGGUAGCAAAAGAUCAUCAAUCAAGUUCCCUGGCUUCCUCCAGUUCCGCUCGUUGUCCAAGUGUUGUACCCACCAUCAACACCUUCACACUAUCAACGGUUUGGCCCCACAUUCUGGUCUCAGCUGCUCACGCUGCAGUCAGAAAAAAUGGCCACAAGUGCUGUUGCCCCUCACCAUCAACACAAAUAAGACAUCCUGUGCCACAUCUAUCCCUUCUUCGCCUGGUGACGGAAGGGUCCACAAUGUCGGAAGGUUUCAGGUGGCUCAGAUCCUGGAGGGUGACCCAGUCCCUGUGGCAGAGACCCCAGCACAGUCCAGUGACACUGAUUCGUUAGACUCUACCCCCAUGGAGCCUGCUGAAGAUUUAUCCCUUCUAGGCGCAUCCUCUAACACAAACUCUCCCUCCUCAAAGAGCAGACAGGAUGUGAAUGAGUGAGUGAAUGAACAAGUGGAAGAAAAAGUGAAGCACUACAGGACUACAUCAACACCACAUUGAAUACAGUGUCAUCAGUGGGCUCCUAAGGAAGUGUCGAGGCUGAAACAGGAUGGGAAGUAUAUUCACCCCUAUGGGGAGUUUGCCUUGAAUUCUGGAAAACAGCAGCUGGUCUUUUAUAAGAGCUUUUGAAGAUUUUUUUUAUGUGUAAAAAAAAAAGGAAAAUUUGCCUCAGGCCUUGUCCCACCAUGUAGAUGAAAUAACUGUCCCUUCUUAAAGUUAAACACUGGUUCACUAGAAAUAUAGAGAAUAUCCAUCAAAAGUCCUACGAAUAUUGAAUGCAUUCUACUCAACUAACAUUGAUAGAUCACAUUAGAUAAUCUAAAAGACAGUGCCUGGCAUUUCAGGAAAUACUCAGCUGUUUUAUAUUCCAGCCUCCAAAACAGGUACAGCCUAUUAUGUCGUUAAAAGACUUAUUUCACUGCUGUAAAUAACUUCUUAUAUGUAUAGUGUAGAAUGUAUGCUGGUAUUAAUGGUUAUUUUGUAUUAGGAGUACAUGAAGCUCUUUUAUUCUAUAGACCUUGAUGAGUGGCAUUAAUUUUGUUCUCUUGAAGAGACAAUGCUCACCUCCGUUUUAUGUCUGAUUUGCCUGAAUAAUAUGAUUGAAACUCAUGAUGCAUUAGAAUCAGUUCCUGUCUUGGGGAUGGAAUUGGGUCAUGUUUUAACUCUUAAGAUCAGAAAACCUAGAUGCAUUAUGCAGCAUUUAGCUGCCUUGCUGUUGAUCAUGAUCCUUCCACUUUUUGUUCAAUACAUCAAACCUUAAAGGAGAUAUGCAGAACCUUUAUUUUUAAAUACAUUUCUGAGUGGAUAGUAUCUCCAUCCUUGACUCUUGUAUGCUGCAUAAUUGGGAAUAAUUUUUUUUUUUUUUUGAAAGUUAAAAUCGACCGCAAAGUUGGCACUUGAGCUGCCCCGCUGAGCCAGCCAGCCCUGAGUGUGUGAUGUCACAGCGGGAACCAGUGCUAUAGACCAAAGCCAGACUCGGCAGAUGAGAGUGGUUACAAUGGCCUCUUUGUUCGGAUUUAUUGGAGAUUCUUCGGAUUCCUCAGAUAGUAGUACAUAUGACUGAGAUAGUCCUGAAAUUGGAGUGUGUGUACAUGCUACUGCUAUACACGUAGAACCAUAUCACUUCGAACCAUCGGAAAGUGAAUCCAAUAGUAACACAUCGGCCAUGGAGGCCCCCAACUUACAAAAUAAAGCCAGAGAACAAAGCCGUCUAGAGAAUUGGAUGGAAUUGAACUGACAGUCUCAUGUGACUCUCAUUAAAACCGGAUAGGUGUUAUAACUUAUGCAAUGUACAUGCAUGCAUUUUCACUGAUGAAAUGUAAAAGGCUAAUUAAAUAAUCAGAUGAACUGAGACAAUCACAUUCUGAAGCAAAUUAAAUAAUCUUAUACCGGUAACUUAAACACACAAUACAAGUUACAUGUAUUAAUCUAAAUGCAGGUAAACAACAAAUAUAUUGUUGUUUUUGUUAUGUAACCAACUGAGAGUCACAUCUUACCCGUCUGUGUUCUCUCUUCUUGACAGCCGAGCUUGUGGACAAUUGUUUUGAAACAAUCUGACUUUCAUUUCUUUGUUCAUUCGCUUCUUCCACGUAAGGGUGAGAUAUUGCUGCUGAGGCAAGCAUAUCCAGCGGGGGGGAAAAGGCAUAUCCAGCGGAGAAAUCUGACAACUGGUCCACUUAUUCUCCGUUUUCUCCAUACUGAGUACUCCGCCAUUACUGCUCAGCUCACACUCCGGGGGAACUGGUGCAACUGAACUUACUUUCCUUUUCUUGUAGUUUUCUUUUCCUUUAAUUGUUGGUACUGCACCGUCUUUCAAUAUGGGCUUAUAGUCAAUGCUCCUCAACAGAUCAGAAGUUUCGUACGAGUCCUCAGUAAAAUAUGCAGAGCAGAGGAGAGACCACUUCAUAGGCGCCCAAUCUGUGAAUUUCUCGCAAAACACGUCCAAAUCUUUGCAGUUUGAACAUUCUUGGGCCAUGAAUGCGACAUAAAUCCACCUUCUGUCGUGUUGCUGCACUCGCCAGCAACACAUCUACAUGGCAUGGCGAUAAAUUAGCUCAAAAUGAAGGAUCGGAGUUGCAGUUAGAUCUGUGUUUUAGUAUAGCGGAAAUGGUGAUGAGACCGAUAGACUUCCUGCUGUCACAUCACAGAUGUCAAGGUCAUUCAGUCAGACCGCUACCUAUAUGAAUCACUUUAAUUGUAAAAAUUACUAUAUUAGAUUUAUUGUUAAUGCUUAAAACUAUUCCUAUGCCAUUCUUGAGGUCUGAAGGCAUUUAUAAACAAAAAGUGAGGCCAUGGUUCUGCGCAUCUCCUUUAAUGUUUUUCAUGCACUGAUAGGAGAGGUAAGGUUUGAAAUUUUCAUAGUAGGAUAACCUAGUGUUAAAAUAUCAGUUUCAUGGUAUCAUGGUAUUAAUCAACCAUUUAAAAAUGCACAAGUUGGUGGGGAAAAUUAUAAUGAAAGGUUUUUGUUUUGUUUUUUAACAGUGAUUUUCCAUAAAAUCUCCUCACCGAUGUUUGUCACAUUUGUUAAAAAGCAAAAGCUUAAAGAAUGAUUCUCCAAAGCAACUCUAUCAAUCAAUCAUGUCAAGCAAGCUCGGACCCCCAUGACCUUGCCUCUCCAACCGACUUUAUCCUGCAUUGUCACAGGCAAUUCUUCUACUAGGCAGCCCGUUUCGUCCCGCAAUUGACCGAUGUAGGUACGUGUGGGACAACCCACUGAAGUGGUACCAUGUUUGGGUUGCCAUAGAAAUAAAUCGCUAGCCAGCUCUUCCUUGUUGUGCCAGCAGUGGCCAGCAAACUGUAAUCUUCUCUCCUGGAUGGUUGCCGAUAUGGGGGGAAUGAAUGUAGUUCUUUAUUUCUUAUAUGGUCUUUCCAGGAGAUAUUUAGAGCAGUUCUCAACAUUCUUGUAAAGGCACCGUUGAGUGAGGAUUGGAGUUUGGAGGUGAGUGUCCAGGUGGUUGACCCAUAAACCAGGACAGAUUCAGUGGUGGAUCUGAAGAAGUUACAUUUUGGUCUGAUGGAAGGUUGGAUUUCCAAACUUUAUCCAAGCUGUUUAAAGCUCUCCAGGCUUUUCCGAGAUGAAGCUCAACGUCUCUCUUAGAGGAUGCAAUGUUGCUGCCUAGAUAUAUGAACUCAGCAGUCUCUUUGAUAUCAUCACCGUCCAGCAAUUUGAUGGUGACUUCUACAUUGUAGGACAUUAGUUCCAUUUUGCAUGUAUUUACGUACAGGCCAAUCGAGCGAGCUGCGUCUUCAACAAAGUGAAGUAGAGUGGUGGCAUCUUCUAUAUUGUCAGCAAAAAGGAUGAGGUCAUCAGCAUAGUCAGUAUCAGUUAUUUUCUAUUCUGGAUAACGCUGACUCCAGGCUCCUUCCAGGGUGAACCCAAGUUCUCUAUGCUCAUCUGCUAAAAUUUGGAGCAUGUAGUCAAGGCAGAUAACAAACAGAUAAGGGGCAAGCAUGUGUCCUUGCUGAACCCCUGCAAGGAUGUUAAAGAAGUCGGUGUCCCCAUCAGGAGAGCAGACAAUGGACCAAGUAUUGCUGUACAGCAUCAUGAUUGCAUUGACUGAGAGUCAUAGCCAGACAUAAAAGGUUCCACUGGAGCAAGUGGUCAUGUUAAAGAAAAAAAAGAAAGAAAUAGAUUAAAAUGUGUUUAUGGUUAUUUUGAAAUGAACCGUAAGGAAAUCAUCCAAUCAUACAUGUACAUAACUGUGAAACUGUGAUACCAUAACAACCCUGAUCAACCGGGGCACUAGAAAUACAUUGCAAUUGGCUCAGAAGACUUUUUUCACGCUACCUUCCUCUUCCUAAGGUGUUUAGCCCACACAUUGCAGUUUAGAGCAAAACAGUAAGGUUUGAAAGAUCAGGGGAAAAAGCUAAACUGUGUCACACUGUGGCCUUUUAUGACUGUUCUAGCCUGUUCUUUCUCCACGAUCUUGAUAUUGUGAAGAUAUUAGAAUAAUUAGUAGAAACGUUCAUGAUUUAGCUUUAUUUUUUUAUUUAUAAUUCCUAAGAAAAUAUAUUGUUUAAUAGACAGCUUUUGAGAGAAAGAAAAUUUUGUCACUUUGACAGCUUACCAAUGCUAGCUAGCUAAUUUCAUACACAGGUUGCACUAGCUUUCUUAAUUUAACCAUGCGAACGACUUCUUGUAAGCUAAUACUUGAACACACAAAACUGUUAAUCCAAGCAGCAUCGACAAUGUUAUCUCCGAGAUGCAUUUAGAACAGUAUACAUUUUUGGAAAAUUAAAGAAGAAGAAAAAAAACUGAAAGUUGGUGUACCAAAUGCUUCACAAUAAUAAUACGGUAUUUGUUGAAUAUCACAAUGUAUUGGCACAUGUCUAACCUAGAGUUAAACUUUUGUUUUAAAGUAAAGCGCAAUAUAAGGGGGCAUUAAUGGCCCAUCAAACCACUGUGAUAUCCCAUGGUGCAUCAUCAAAGCUACCUCCCUGUGUAACUAGUUAUCACUUAUAUUUGCCUACAAAUUAUUUUGUUCAUUUUUUUUCAUCCUUGCACAAUUAGCAAGAGGCCUCUGCAUGUGUGAGAGUUUACACUAAAACAAUGGCCGCUGAAUGCAUAAGAAUCUUGUUUUCAACAAAGAUACUGGUGGUAUAGCUGAAAUACGCACAAAAAUACUCAUGCACAAGCCUGUGCUUUGACAAAGCCAUGAAAGAGAUGAUGAAACUAAAUGAACUUAAUUGGUUCUGGUGUACGGCAGAUAUCAUCGCUCCUCUACUAGUAUAAAGCUCGCUGAAAACUACAGUGUGGAAAUACUAUCGUCAAAAAUGUGAUCAUAUGAAUUGCAGUGAUAUUCAAAGAUUGAACAAAUCUCAGAUUUUCAUGUAAAUGUUUUCCAUAUUUUAUUUUGAUGUUUAGUUUUGAAUUUUGAAAACUCACGAUGGCAACCCAUGUUACAAGCAACACUGUUACUGCCAUCUACAUGCACAUUUUAUAAAGAAUAAACUUUUAUACAUUGUUUUCCAUUCAGCCCUGAAAACAAACAGUAUUUUAUUAUAUUUUUAGGAUCUGACAUUUGUGGGUUCUCCCAUACUUAUUAAGGUGUUAAUAAUGAGACUGAUGUAAUGAGAAUGGAAAGAAAAGAGAAUCUGCAUCAUUGUUGCAUUUUAUUUAUUUUCAUUAUAACCU